AUGCAAUCUUCGUUGCUGAAGUAUACGGCUUCUCGGGUUGCCUGCCGCAGCAUCCGCAGUGCUAGGGAAGGCACUGAGGCCGAAAAUGUGGGAUCCCGUGUAAGAAACAGCAAGAAAGAGGGCCAAUUUCAAAUUUCUACGACAGAAGACAUUCUUCAUUCCAUCCUGCCACCAAGAGAAUGGACAGAAGGGGGCGAGGUUUGGGCUCAGAGCGUCAGCACAACCCCUGCCACUAAGGCUGAUGUCGUGGCGCUAGAGCAAGAGCUUGAUAAGCGCCUGCGACUCCGCAGGGCGAAGAGCUACGGCAUUUGUCAGAUUCGAGAGGAACUGUACUCACAGUGCUUCGAUGAAUUGCUUAGACAGGUGACUAUCCAGUGUGCGGAGAGAGGUCUGCUUCUGAAUCGCGUACGUGGGGAGCUGAGGUCUCUGAUAAAGUCCCACCGCCGACUCUACGAGUCCUCGGCGGCCUUUGGCGUCCGCAAGGCCCUUUUGGCGGAGGUUGAGAGAGAGGCGGAGGAGGCAAAGUGUACAGAACUCGAGAACGAAAAUGAAAGACUACAGAACGAAAUUGAAGAGGCGAAAAGAGAGCUAGCGGAGGUCGAAGCAGAGCAUAAAAGGAAGAUCGAAGUAGAGAAAAAUGAGCAUGAGUCCAACAUUGCUGCUCUACGGCGAAAGGCGCAAAAGGUGAAACGAGAAAUCGAGCGACUGCUCUCCACCAUCCAGCACGUCUAA